UCGUAUUUGGUUGCAAUGGAUGAGAGAACAUAUAAACUCAUCGGGGAGGAUUACCCUGGUAACAGGGCAGAAGAUGUUAUUAAUCCGAGCUUGUGCUGGAUGACUGGUUUCCUGGUUAUUGUCAGCUUCCUUGGACUUUUUAGUCUUGUUCCGCUUCGCAAGGUUAUGGUUAUGGAUUACAAACUUACAUACCCCAGUGGGACUGCCACAGCAAUGUUGAUCAAUAGCUUUCACACUAAAAGUGGUGCAGAGCUUGCCGGGAAGCAAGUGCAAUGUCUUGGAAAGUAUCUAAGCAUGAGUUUAAUUUGGAGUUGCUUUAAGUGGUUCUUCAGUGGUAUUGGAGAUUCAUGUGGGUUUGACAAAUUUCCUAGCCUUGAAUUGACACUUUUUAAGAACACUUUUAUGGUGAAGUUUGGUUCCUUCAUUUUGUUGUGAGCAGCUGUUUGGUUG